AAUUUAAAAAGGUAAAUAUGAGGCGGAUGUAAAAUAGAAAAAAACAACGUAUUUCAUUCUAUUACCAAAACAAUACUAUAAAUAAUAUUUAAAUAAAAAAAAAUAACAUGGCCAUAAACCUGCUUACGUGGUUGUGUCCGGAAGUUUAUUUCUACUGUUUUCCGGGUUGUGUCAGCCAAUGGGAUUCAGUGGCGUCAAUGAGCCUGCUACCAAGAUGACUGUCAGUACGGCGGAGUCCCUCCGUGUCUCGGAGAUUAAAGACCCUUGGGUCUUGUUUGAGCGCUACAACACUGAAGAAAUUCGCCGAAUAGAGCGCAAGGUCCGCGGCGAAAUUGAACAGAAGAAGGAAGAGCUCAGGCAGAUGGUAGGCGAGCGCUACCGGGAUCUGAUCGACGCGGCGGACACUAUCGGAGAGAUGAGACAGUGCUCGCAGAGCGUCGUCCUGUCUAUCCAGGAUAUGAACCACUACUGUCAAAAGUUGAAACAAGGGAAGCCCAAUAGAGAAACAAUAGCUAAACAGGAGACCCAGUUGAAAUGUCAGGGAAAGUUCUACAACAUGGCAGCACAGAUCCGGCUCCUCCUGGAGAUCCCCGAGUGUAUCUGGGGCGCCAUGGAGACGCUGCAGUACCUCAGGGCCACCCAGCUCUACCUGCUCUGCUGCCACCUACACGGGAUGCUGAAGCUGGAGACCGCCGCCGGCCCUCACUGCAGCCCCAUCCUCGCCCGCUUCCCCAUACUCGUUCGUCAAGUGGCAACAACGGGACACUUCAGGUCGGCCAUCCUGCUCCACAGUAGGUCUCUGCUCCGGGGCCGGGCCGUGUCGGACCAGGCCAUCGCCGAGGCCUUGGUGUCCACCAUGCUGCUGGAGGACAGCUCACCUCGCCAGGCGCUCGCUGACUUCCUGCUGGCCAGGAAGUCCAGCAUCUACCAGCUGCUGAACCAGCCACAGCAAGGGGCAGGGAUCAAAGCCCAGGUGUGCAGCUUGGUGGAGCUGCUGGUUACCACUCUCUUCCAGGCCUACGCUGUCUUCUACAUGCCCCCUGAAGGAGGCCAUAGGCCUGGGGAGGGUGCACUGACCUGCGGCAUACUCUUCUCCACCCUGGAGAACGUCACCUCCACGGUCCCCGCAGGUAAAGAAAAAAGGAUAUUGCAGGAGGAGAUAAGCACAGGAAGCGUGUUCAAGUACCUCCCGUCGUCGGUCUCUGAGUUCCAGCCGGUGCUGCGGACGCUGGCGCGUCCCAUCCAGAGGGAGCAGCUCCGCGACACGCUGCAGCAGUGGAUCACCACGUGUAAGGAGGACAUCUGCAGCGGCAUCAGUAGCUUGCUGGUGUAUGUGACCAGCCUGAAGGCCCUGGCGGCCAUCAGAGACGCUAUCUGGGACCUCCUCUCCACUGACUCCAUCAGCCUGCACUGGGGCAGUGUGUGUCAGUGCCUGCUGGAGCGCCCCCUGGAUGUUUGGGAGGACUUCCUGCAGCGUCUCUUCCUCCAGCGCCUGCAGGCCAUCACUAAAGACGAAAUGGACACCAUCUCCGACAGCUCCACCCAGCUCCUCACCUCGGCCCUCCGGGAUCUAGAGAGCCCCGCCCCCCAGGCCGCAGCGCCCCCUAAAGGCCACGGCGGGCGCUUUGAGUCGGACGUCGCCUCCUUCCUGUGGUCCGAGGCGCCGGGGGACCUGCUGAGCGACAGCGCCUGGGUGAGCGUGGCCCAGCGCGACCCGCAGCACCACAGCGGGCUGGCCAUGAAGACGCUGGCGCUCACGCCCUGCGUGCAGAGCUUCUGCACCGCUCUGGACGCCAAGCUCCGCACCCGGCUGGACGACCUGCAGCACUACCUCCCCGUACAGGAACCAGGGACCUCCUACCCCAGCCCGGCUCUCCAAGGCACCAGGCCGGCCAAUGGCCUCGCCGCAUCAGCCUUCGAUCGCUUCAAAGACGCCGCCGACGUGGAGCAGAGCUUACGGGACUCCUGCUUGGCCUGCGUCCAACAGAUCCUGUCUCACAUCCGCGCCGAGCUGUCCUCCGGCGAGCCCCACCCCGACCUCGGCACGGUCCUCUUUGUGGCCCGCCUGUGCCAGUCCAUGGGGGACCUGUGCACGAACCUCAGGCACUGCGUCUUGGGGAGGGAGGGCAGCUCAGAGGCCCCCAGGGAGACCCCCAGACCGGGGAGGAAGCUGGGCAAGGCCAAGGCUCCGGCCCAGGUGGGGCCCGCCCAGGCCAGGUGGGUCGGCCUGAGGCAGGACCUCGGGGCCUGCAGCAUGGACGCCUACCGCAUCUGGAGCAGCGCCCUGUCCAAGGCACUGGUGGAUAAUUUUGCAACGGCGCUCAAUGCCGAUACUCCGGGUGCCAUCCUGAAAACGGCCACGAGCUGGGAGGAGCUAGAGAUCCAGGAGGAGGCGGAGUCGGGCAGCAGCGUCACGUCCAAAAUAAGACUUCCUGUGCAGCCCUCCUGGUUCGUCCAGGCUCUGCUGUUCCAGCUGUGCCUGGAGGUGAACAGAGUCGGUGGCCACGCCUUGCCGAGACCCACCUUGCAUGAGCUGCUGAAGUCCUGCCUGGACCAGGUCCUCCAUCACUACCACAGCAUCACGCAGCAGACCCAGGACAAGGACCACGACUUCCCCGUGACCCAGACCAGAGCGCUGCAGCUGCUGUUCGACCUGCGGUACCUCUGCACCACGCUGACCCCCCGGGCGGAGGGGGGCCAGGGCGGGCGCUGGUCUCAGGACCCCAGGUCAGCACCCGGCUCCUCUGUUGGAGACUGGCUUCGGUCUCAUUCCAUGGUUGUGUACAUAUUGGGCAAAAUAAAAGAUGUCUUCUUACCAAGACUUUUUUUUAAAUGUUACCAUGGCGAUAGAUCAUCAGAGCCUCGUGCAAACACAUUUGCAUAUUCUCCUCCAACUUGAUGUUUUGUGCGUGCGUGCAUCUCAUGCACGUUGGUCAAAUGAGAAACCAAAGUACAGGAAAGGUUCCUUAAUGCUGCGUGUACAAAGCUGCAUUCCACCGGUUUGUAAAUGAACGCACGAGGUCAUGAGAGGAUGAGUGAUCAUAUAUCGGUCUGAGGACAUUCCGGCCCAUUACUGCAGAACCACCGUUGAAAACUAAAGGCACCAGGACAACAAAUUGCAGAGCUUGAAGUCCUUAAGUAAAUCGUUAAAGAAAAGGUGUUGUACAUAACGGGUCAGAAGUGGUAUUCGAGCACCUACUGUCCUGCAGUACCACAAAAAAUAAAAUAGAUUUGUUUUACCAAGAAGCGAUCAGUGUGUCAACGUUGUUGUGUGCUUCAGGUGUUUUAUAUUAAUACUGCUGAAAUAGAAUUGCAACACUUUGGUUGUCUGUUGCAUUCAAAGCUCUCGAGUGUCUUACCGCAGCGUGUCUGUAAACAUCUCCUCUUCUGCCGACGGUCUCACCCCCCAAAUGGACGUCUCUGUUCCCUCUGGU